UGAAUGCUCUUGCGAAGAUGUAAAUGUGUAUCUGGAGGUUGUUUAGAGUGGGUGAGGGAGAUGAAGCACGUUCCACCAAGCAAGGAAGAGAGAGAAAGGGGUGGGAAUGAGGAAGUCAUAUGCCAAAGUUGCUGCUGCUCAAUGAAAAGAGUAAGAAGAGAGUGAGAGAGAGAGAGAGAGACAGAGAGAGAGGGAAAGAGAUGGAGUGAGCCAGUGGCUCUAGUGAACUCUAGAUAUGGUGCAUUUGGAUGAGGAGGUGUUGCUGUCUGUUGAUCGUCUGUGAGAAGAUCACAGACCAAUCUGUCUGACCCUGCAGAAGACAUACAAAAGACAGUGAGUACCUGUGUCAGUUGCCAUGGCACCGGUGGGAGAAGCCGCGGGGUCGUGGGCAACAGCCAUGCCCGGGUUCUUCCCUCCGGAAUUUGCUGUGUUCUCUCUGUUCUUCCUCCUGACCAUCAUCCUUCUUGCCCUCUGCACCGACUGUGGAAGGCAUUCCUUUGAGCUCCGGGACAGCGGUGAGGAGACCGGUAUAACCCAGUCAAACCUGAUCAGAGUGGUAAAGCUGGAGGAUGCCCUGGCUGCAAGAGAGAACCCAAUGAUCAAUGACAUCAGAAAAGACGAGAGAGGUGCCUCGCAGAUCGUCAAUGGAACCCCUGUGAUGACAGUUGGAUCUCCUUCUCCUACCACCACUGUCAACAACGCUGACCAAAGGGAAGUCCAGAACUCCAUCCCCGAGAUCCAUUCUCUCCCAGACCCCGUAUCUGUGGUGGAGGCUCACAAACCCCUAAAGUCUGUACCUCUUCCUGUCUAUUCAGGGGAUGCCCUGGAAGCCCCCAUUGUAAAAAGCCUUGAAUCUGCUGAGGUCCCCAUCCUUGGACCUGUGGAAGCCUCCACCUUGGAUUUCUCUAAUAUGAGUAGCCUUAAACCUGUGGAACCAACGGAUGUUUCCAUCGUGAGCCGUGUCCCAGAUGCUCCAGAUGGCUUUGGCAACCGGAAGCUCCCCGUCAUAAACAGUCUGGAGGCUGUGGACGGGCCCAACGUUGCACCUGCAUGUAUUCCUCACUGUAAUGACCUUGACACCCAAGGUGCCGCCAUCAUGAAUAUUCCUGGUAGCCUUGCACCAGUGGAUGAACUUAUAGGGGACUCAACCAUUGUAACGUACCCUGAACCUGUGGAUUUCUCCAUUGUAAACCAACUUCCACCAGUGGACACCCCUGUUGUGGACAGCUUGGCACCAGUGGAUGCUCCCAUCAUGAACCGACUUAAAAAAGACAAUGCCACUAUCAGUGACCAACUCAAUGUCCCCACUGUGAAUGAUAUUGACCAACUCAAUGUCCCCAUUUUGAAUGAUAUCGACCUGCUCAAUGUCCCCACCAUGAAUGAGACAGACCUGUUCAAUGUCCCCAUCCUGUAUGACAGUGAUCCCCUUGGCUUUGCCAUCAUGAAGGACCUGGACCUCUUGGACGCCCCUGUGGAGUUCAGCUCCAACUUCGUAGCUCAGCUUGCGGAGAAUGGUUGUGUGGCGGGCGAAGACCAGGGGCCAUCCUUGAGGCUCCAUCCCCAGCACACCUAUGAGCUCAUAGGGGAGCUCAUUCCAGAUGUAGCCUCUGUGGAAGUGGACCCGACGACCCCAAGCGAUCAAACAAAACCUGAAGUCAUCGAUGAAUCCACCACACAGCCUGAUGUUGACGCAUCCACGGUCACAGAGCCAGUGGACCUGGCCCUCCGCUACUACGAAAACACAGCUGAACUGGUCCAACAAUCGGUGGCAACCAAUAAUGAGCCAAUGACAACCGGGCCAGGGGACGGGACUGACCUUACAAGGAAGGAGGAAGUUAAGAAGAGUUUGAGUGACAUGGGGUGGAAUCCGAUGUAUGCUAAGGUGAGCAGGAACUGUCCCACUCCACCCCCGGUCCCUCCUCCGGAGGAUGAGGAAUAGAUGCACCUCUACCUCGCUUAUAAGAGAGAAAUGGAAAGAUGGAGGGAGGAUAACUAGCAUAUCUCAUAAGACUUUUAAAAAGCCCUGUAUUUUAGCAUGUCCUCAAUACUAUUUACAUAUGUAAGCAACUGUGCUUUCUUGCUUUCUUUCAUUAUUAAAUAAAAUUGCAUGUUAUAAUGGCAAUAUUAA